UGUUUUUUCUUUCUUUCAUUUGACUAAAUCACUCAUUACACAAAUGGCGGCAACGAGCUUAAUUAGUUACUGCCCUAAUUGGGAACCCACUCACGACAACAUCAACAUCAACAACAUCUUCCUUGACUUCUCCGAAACCCCCGACGACGCCGCCGCCCCUGUUUUCCUCCCCGACCAGCCGCAUCCCUUGGACACUUACCAUCACCACCAGCAGCUGGAACCUCCCGCCGCCGCCUCCGAGCUCCUUCUCGGCGGCUUCAACAGCGACUGCGACUUCCUCCUACUCCCGGAGUCGUCUCCUCCCUUUGACACUCUUUUCGACUCCUCCUCCUCCGGCGGCGGCGACUUUUUCUCCGUCCCGCCGCAGGAGCUCGAGCCCCACCCAAAACGCCAGAAGCUCCACCACGACUGCGGCGGCAUUACCCAGAACGCCUUCGGCGUCUUCAUCCCAAACCCUCCUCUGCUUCGAGAGUUCGAGCCGCCGCCUCCGCCGGAGCUCCCGCCGUUUCCGGCGCACGGCGGCUUGGAGGAGGCGGAGAGGAAGAGGGAGGGCCCCGCGGGGAAGACGCUGUCGCCGCAGAGCAUCGCGGCGAGGGAGAGGAGGAGGAGGAUAACGGAGAAGACGCACGAGUUGGGAAAGCUGAUUCCCGGCGGCCAGAAGAUGAACACCGCCGAGAUGUUUCAGGCGGCUUACAACUACAUCAAGUUCAUGCAAGCCCAAGUUUCUGUGCUUCAGUCUUGCAUGUCGCUGUCGCAGGUUAGCAAUUAUUGUUUGUUUAUUAAUUUUCAUUAAUUAACGAAUUCAUUAGGCUUAUGUUAAUGAUCAUGUUAUACAUGAUUAUCAUCGCAAGAGUACAGUGCUCUUUGCUUGGCAGUUACAUUAUGAUUAUUAUUAACGUUUUAGCAGAACAAAAUUUACACCAUUUA